AUGAGCACUAACAUCGCUCCGCCUCUGCGUGCAUCGUGCGAUCGUUGUCGGGCCCAGAAGUUACGAUGCGUGUCGUCUUCCACCACGGACGCCACGGCUCCAUGCCAGCGGUGUUUGAGGGCAAAGUCGCCUAAAUCGUGCGUUUUCAGUCAGCGAUUACGGACGGGACGGUCCGUGAAGAUCACUGGGGACGGCGAAUCGCGGCAAGGCGCAGCUCGCAGGGAGAAGGAUAAGUCGCCUGCGUUGCCGGGUAUGAGUGCUUUUUCGUUGUCCACGCCAUCGCCUUCAAAAUGCGCUUCUAUGGACACGCGGACGCAGUCUCAGACUCAGGCUCGGACUCGGGCGCAGACUCAGACCCAGAGCCAGAGCCAUAACCAGGCGCAUCAUCGUGUGCCGCGGAGCGAGGGUAAGCUGGACGCGCUUGAUCUUGAAUGCGAAGAUCUAGUGGCGUCAAGCUGCGAACAACGUCCAGGAGAUAUGAUAGACCUAUGGGAAGCCGACAAUACGAUAUUGCAGCCUUCGAGCCUCUUUUCUGGCACCGACGAGCUCAGUGCCUCACCAGAGAUGUCGGAUUACACCUUUGACGUGGGUGCAUACUUCGAUGCGCAGGAUUUCUUGCUGCCUCAGCCGUAUCCUACGCCCAUCGACAUGGUCAUGGACAUAGACGAGUUGGCGGCGGAGAAACCAGGGCCAUUGGUCGACCUGACGGCGCUUCUGGCGAAAAUGUCGCAUUAUGAGAGCCAACUUUCGAAGUUAGCAGGCGGCGACCUGGACAACUAUCCGAUAGGCGAUGCACUCUUCCUCUCCCAGCGAUUCUACACAAUACUGACCGAACACGACAAUGUGCAUUGUAUAACUUCUUCGUCUCAUCUCGAUAUGCCCACCAAACUGCUCACUCUCUCUUGUUAUAUGACCUUAACACGAGUCUACUCGUCUGUCUUCGGGUACCUGCAUGAGCGCCUCUCUCAGCUUCCGGAGGCACACUUUGCGCAUGAUAGCAGGAGACACUCCGCUUCGUCCCUGAUUGAUAUGCACGCUUAUCGUGGACUACGCCUCGGCCAGAUACAACCAAUCUGCGCAUGCGCGGGAAGGGAGUCUGCCACCCGCGUGAAAAAGGCAGUAUCAAUGCUGCUUGGGUCGCUAGGUGGUGCCGAGGAGAUGCUUGGCCUUCCGUCGGAUGUGAGAGUAACGGCCAGUAUUCAGGUAGAAGCUCAUGCCGGGAAAGGGAUGUCGAGCCUAAGUGGACACUGUGAUGAGAGGAUUGCGCAGCCUGAGGAUGGCCUGCUAGUUGGACUAACAAAUAGUCGUUUGCGCGAGACUGUUAGAGAGCAGGCGGGGGAGCUGCGGGGGAAGGUUGACGAAGUUGAUGACAUACUAAAGGGACUAUUUGAGCUAUAG